AAACCCAAUUUUUUCGACCCAUUUAAAAGAUUGGAGUGUCUCUAAUCAACAUUUUCUCCGAACGGGCAAGAAAGCAAAAAAUGGAAUCGGCGGGAGCAACUAACCCUUUACAGCAAAACGACGGCGCAGUCUUCGACGACGAUAUUCCGCAGCUGAGCUCUCACGCUCUCGAAGCUCUCAGAGAGUUCAUCGCUGAGCAGAACCGAACAGUAGUUGAAGCUUCUUCGGGGGAGCAGCCGGAGGAAGAGGUGGCGUUGUUGGCGGAGGAUUGGCGGCUCAGCCAGUUCUGGUACGACCGGGAAACUGCCGAGACCGUGGCCCGAGAAGUGCUCGCGCUUUGUGAGACUCUCGAGUUCCCAUCAGUUGCUUGCAUUGCUUGCCCAACGCUAUACGCCUACCUCAAGAAAAUUGAUCCAAAUGUCCAAGCGCAGCUUCUUGAAUAUGACCACAGGUUCAGUUCAUAUGGAACUGAGUUCACAUUCUAUGACUACAAUAAGCCAGAAGAUCUCCCCUCAUCAUUGAAACAUUCAUAUUCAGUUAUUGUUGCAGAUCCUCCUUAUUUGAGUCAGGAGUGCUUGGAGAAAGUUAGUGAAACUAUAUCUUUUCUUUUGAGAUCAGGAAAAUCAUAUCUGCUUCUACUCACUGGUGAUGUGCAAAAGGAUAGGGCGGCAGAGCUCUUGGAUUUGCGUCCAUGCAGGUUUAGACCUCAGCACAGUAGCAAACUUGGUAACGAAUUCAGAUUGUUCACCAACUAUGACCCAGGGAUGAGACUUGGUGGUUGGGAGGGUGAAUGAUCUGUUGGCCCUAGAUCUGUGAGGGCAAAAGAAAAAUUUUCAAAGCGCAUCAUAUUACACGCUUUGCAUUUCUUGACAAAUCAGUGCUUGAAAAUUACUUGCUGUUGUGGUGACUUAGUUGACUUCAGAGACCAUUUGUCAUGCUUUGUCAUUUCACCAGGUCUACUUGCAGUCUCUUUAUAAAUUAAUUAUAAGUAAGAAUGCUUAAAACAUAACAUUUUUUGUGCUAUGUUGAACUGGUUGCUAGAGUUAGGUUCAUCAUAAGGUCAGAUAUGAUUGGGCAUUGGCAAUGGUGGACCCUUGUGUACCUUUAUAAUUUUGUUUGAUAUGUAUGCUUUCAUAUAUGAUAUGAUUAUAUAUGCGUAUGAUUUUGGAUACUUUA